AUGACGUUCCUCCGCGUGCUCAGGGGAUCAGUCUGGUCUGAGAUCCGGCGGGCACAGGGUCUCCGCCGUCCUUACUCAGUACAUCCACAGGAGACACACCAAGCAGCCGACAGGUUCUUCACGGCAUUUCUCAUCUAUGGAGCUUCCGUCUCCAGGGUUUUGAUUCUCUCUGCUGUGUGUUUCUGUUGUUAUAUCUGCACUGGCAUCGCUUCCUCUUUCAGUUCUUCUUUUGGCAUCGCCUUGGACAUCGAUGGGGUUGUUCUCAGAGGUUCCACGCCAAUUGACGGUUCUAGCCAGGCGCUGAGAAGGCUUUACGCAAGCGACGGUACAACGUAGGCUACCAUUUAGAAUUUUUUGAAUCUGCCCGAGCGGUGUGCCAGAAGCCCUUGGUAAGGGUGGGCCUUAGAGACCUGUUUUCGGGUCAAUAAUAGCAAUAACUAUGAUUGUGGCAUGAACCACCUCGCUGUGAGUAGUAUGGUUUUCUGCCUUCGGACUGCUUUUCCAAACUUCCCGUUGAGUUCUGGUUGGGAUUGACUAGCCCGGUUCCAGUUUUGGGUUUUUUCGUCCGUAAGGCAUAUAUGCUUCAACACUUUCAGCGCGAGCUUUCGUGACCGAGUUUUUUUUUAGCCUUAGAAGGUAUGCUCAAAUGCCUUAUCAGAGGUUCAAAACUGAAAAGAUCGUUCAUCUCUUUGCAUUUCGUAUUUUACGAAUGCGACAAAGCCGGUUAAAGAUGGAUGAAGUAGAAUGACGGUUCAUUUAUUCUGCAUUUUUUGGAUUUCAAGCCUUACCGAUAAGCACUAUAAUUUUAAUCUUUAUAACUGUCAAACUCAGAAUUAUAUUAGUCUCGUUUCAUUAUCGUCUAUUUCCCAAUACACUUUGAGAACUCCAAAGAAAGAUGACUAUUGAUCACUGAUUAGGGCGACCAUUUCCUUCUCUUGCAGGCACUUUGAGAUUUCCUUUUUUGUUCUUAACCAAUGGUGAGUUCCACAUCGGUAAUAUCCUAUGAAAUUUUAAUUUAGAUGAUUCUAGAUGAGUAAUUUAUUCCAUUUUCGAUGACUUUAGAGAUUCAAUGAUUUCUACUAUUUUAUAUUUAAAAAAAUUGACUGCAAUCUUCAGUAUUUUUUUUCUAACUGAUCUUUCGGGAUUUCGUGUUGUUUUGCCAAUGACUCAGAAUUCAGUUAUUUUGUCUCAUCUAAGAUCUUCUUCACCUUGGCAUAGGCCAUUCCUAUGUUCAGCAAUAUACAGAUGCCUAUUUCAUUUUUAAGAGUAAUUGGCCAGAUUUGGAAGAUGAUGAGGAAAAGCAUACCCACCCUGUCAACUAUGGCCCAAGUAUCCUUGCAAGAGUCGCAUUUCCGUAUCCUAAAGCAAAAAAAAAAAAACUUGACUCUAUCCUUCCUUUUUGCAAAUGUAUACUGGUCUCUAUGUGACAUGAUCAUCUAAAAUAAUAUGAGAGCAAUACCUUGCAAAUAGACUGAAAAUCCUGAUUAUCCUUAAAUAAUCCGUAUUUUUCUAUGAGUAUCUCACUUUGUGCCUAAUAUUAGGAAAAGGGCUUUGUCCCUUCUAACACGGCAUUAUGUAACCUUAUUUCUGUAUUAUGUUAUUAUCUGUUAGCUUGUAACAUAUUAUGUUGUGUUAUCGGUUUUGCCUUUUCAUCUACUUUAUGCUGUCAUUUUCUGUUAAUAUUUUUUUAAUCUUUCUUCAGGAAAAUAAUAAUCUAUAUCUUCAGUUGUACAUGAUUAAACUCGUGCCAGGUUUCUGAAUUUUUUUAAUAGUUUUAAGUACAUCAUGGUAGUCUAUGCUUGUGUGGAUUCUCCUCAAUCUGAUGUGAAAAUAUGCAAGGUCAUUUUUUGUUUCUUUCAUCUUAUUUCGUCUCUAACUCUUUUACCUUUUCCAAUACUCGUAUCCACACUUGUCUUUAUGGCUGAGUUUGGUGUAACAAACUGAGAGAAAGUGCGAAACAAAUAUCAAUCCUCACGCUUGAAAUGCCAUAUAUUCUAGCUGCUGGAGUAAGAUUUGCUGUGCUAAUUUUUACUAACUUAUUGCUUCUGUGAAUUGAUUUUGUUGGAAACUGUUUGUCCACAGUCUGUAGUCGAAAAUAGUCUGAGCACCAUUUUCAUUUUGAGCAGGGGGCGGUACUCCAGAAUCAAAAAGAGCUUCUGAAUUGAGUAGACUUUUAGAAGUUGAUAUCUCACCUCUCCAGGUGCUCAUCAUUGGCCUUUGCGUUUUGGAAAUCGUCUGACGACCUUGUACUUAUGCCCAUGGUUAUUAUUCGAUUCAAGAUCAUUUGUUUGUGCUUGCAUAUACCUAGUGUUUUUCUUUUCAUGUCUUUGCGAUUGCUUCCAUAUGUUCAUGGGUAGUUCCCUUGAGCAGGUGCUAUACUCCUACUCGGAUGGUAGGUUCUUUGAUAUGUCGGAAUGGGUGUUGGGCAAAGGUGAUACUUUUCCUUUCUUCUUACAUUAUUAUAAAGGGAAACUUGUUUGUAGGUGUCAACCAAUCCAUGAGACAUAAAAUUUGUUGAUGUUUACCCAGUUUACAACCCAUGAAAGUAAAAAGGAUCACUCUUCAUAUGCAUCCUGCACUUCGAGCGUCUGACUGACAAAAAAACUUCACCUAUCCCUUAAUGAUGUCAGUAACCUUCGAGGUAACAGCCUGAUUCUUGCUCCUGAAUUUCAUGGGGCAACUUCUCCCUCAUCUUUCUGACUGUCUCCUGGAUGAGCUUUAUUCCUUGAUGUAUGGAUCUUCCUUUAGUAUUAUUUUCUGGUAGAAUUUGGACUACAUUUGUCUUUGGUUCUUUUCAUUCCUCCUGUGGAAAACUGCUGAGUAUUUGAUAUGAAUACCCUCGGCUUUAUCAUACAAAUUUUACCUUGUUUUAUACUGUGCUCCUCUUGCUAGAAAAAUGUGAAAACAUUUCAUUUUUUUUCCUGAACAGGUCGUGCAAGGUCAUUCACCUUUCAAAGGACUAGUGAGCAGGUGGAUAUCUUCAAUUUAUCUACUGAACUUCCCUCAAACCUUUUAAACAUUAGAUUACCAAAACUGGAGGUACCAUGCCAGAUUCGGAAAAUUAUAUGUGUUUAAUAGGGUAGUUCUUCAGGUUCACCUGGCGAAGUGCCACUGUUCAUCGUCGUUCCAAAAUUGUCUACUGAGUUUAUGCUAACUUUAGGCAGUUAUUUUUUGAGGGAUUGGUAUCCUUUUAUUUUUCUCGUCUCCUCCUAGUUUUUCUAAUGCCAUAUCCCUAUCUCGCAGAUUUGAAAAUGAUCUCAUCGUUGCCAUCGGAAAAGGAGAACCAGCAGAAGUCAUGUCUGAGUAUGGAUUCAAGUAAGAGUGAAGCUAUAUAUUUAACUGCAUAUGGAUCCAUUUGAGCAUUUCUGUUUUUAGAAGAUAAUCGAACAUAAAUGGAAGCUGUAUCUCCUGUGGUAGAACCAUCACUUUAUGAAUGAUUAGUAUUGCUAAUAAAAUUAAUCAUAUGCCUUUUGUGUAGCAUAAUGUUUUUCUUUGCAGGAAGGUCCUUUCCAUGGAUGAAUAUGUGUCUUACUUUGGGGACAUUGAUCCCCUUUCUCAGUACAAGACUUGGGAGGUCAAGCAGAUUUCUAAGAGCAUCACCAACUCCAAACCCCCUGAUUCAGUCCCUCGAUAUAAUGCCCACAGAAGUAGAGUUCAAGCCGCAUUCAUUGUCAGCGACCCCGUUGACUGGGGUAGAGAUAUUCAGGUUCCUCUCUUUCUCUCUCCCCUAUUGUUUAUCUCUCUAUAUUAUCUUCAAGAUUUACAAAAGUCCACUAAGGAAGGGUGAAGUUGACUCCUUAUAUGCACUCUACUGAGAUGAACAAAGGCAGCAAAUAUGAACUUGGCUUAUCUGGCUUAACAACGGCAACUCUCUCCCUAAUUAAUGAAACAACAUUCUUAUGUCUAUAGUUUUUCAUAUUAACAUUGUCCCACAUUGCGCCAUAAUCUCAAGUAUUAAUCGUGUAUGUAGGUCCUUUGUGAUAUCCUGGGAUCUGGUGGUCUCCCCGGAGAAGAAAACGGAGCGCAACCCUCUUUAUUUUUUGCCGCAGAUGAUCUAGAAUACCCCGUAUGUGAGCUUGAGAUUUCUCAAAAUUAGCUAUUUGUGCAACAUGAGUUCUUCGCAGGCACUUUCUAUAUGUCACCAAAAAAUAAGAUGCAUCUCAGGCCGCUUUCUGUCGGGAACGUCUAGGAAUGGGCGCCUUCAGGCUCGCAUUAGAAUGCAUUUUCAACAGGUAAACCAGAUCUUCCCCAAAUGGGUCCUGCCUGUUUAAUGCCCAUUCACUUAAUGCCUAUUCCCAUGCAGAAUUAGUCGUAAUCCUCUGCAAUACACAUCUUUUGGGAAGCCGAACCCUUUCGUCUUCAAGAACGCAGAGGCCAUUCUAAAGCAGCUGAGGUCAAGAAUCUGCAGCAAUUUCCAGAACGAGAAUGCAUUUACUACCCUCUACAUGAUCGGCGACAACCCCUCGGUCGACAUCAUUGGAACAGAGAAGGUUCUUCGUUCCCUUUGGCACAAUGUUCCCUGGUAUCAUAGUGUUCUAAAGCUUCCGUUUAUUUCUUCCAGGCCGGCCGGCCAUGGUUUUCCAUCUUGACAAGAACAGGGCUAUUUAGGGGAGAGGGAAACCAUUCACAGUUCCCCGCGGAUUUGGUACGCGUUACUUGGCGUGAUCUCCCUCCGGAACAGCUUCUAUAUUCGGAAAAUAUAUCGCCAUUAAUGAUACUUCUUCCGCUUUGUUUGCAGGUGGUCGACACUGUGGAGGAGGCGAUCGAUUAUAUCUUGAGGAGGGAGGGCGCGUAG